CUACUAGCUGCAGCAUCUACAGUAACUCGUAAUCGCAUGGUCGGUGUAGAUGUUAUCCACAUCCUAUAACUAGUAACUCAGCCAUGACCAUCACGUGCUUCGUGCUGUCCAAAUCGCUUUCGCAUUUCACCGCUCAACCACAGGCUAAACCGUACAGUGACCAGUUGAUCGGCCGAACGGGUCUUAACCGAAUUGCAUAUUCAGAAUGCGUGAUGCUCCAAAAUUGGGCCCGAUCAAUGACUGCGCCUUGUACAGGAUUUUGACCCUUUUGGCGAUCGCGGCUCUAAGGAAGUUUCGUCCGUUUAAGGGAAGCGUUCUUAUGUUGACAGAUCGAAUUUGUGUCAAAUACGGACAACAUGUAGACUUAUCAGAGGCAGGUACUAUGUGUUUCGUCUCACAGAACACAUCUAUACCGGUUCCAAAAGUCCUGUGCGCCUUUACGCACCAGCGUUGCACCUACAUUGUGAUGGAAAGAAUCAAAGGGGAAAUGAUUGGUGCCGGCUGGGUUUAUCGGAGUGAGGAGUCGAAGGCAAAGAUUCUUACUCAGUUGCAGAAGAUGGUCCGGGAGAUGCGAACACUCCCACCUCCAGCAGGCAUGGGUGUCCAAGAAUUCCACCGACAUUUGCGAGGUGGCAUGGACUUUGACCCGGGACUUGAUCCCGCCAUACAGGAACUGAUCAGACAACAUGAUAGAUCUUUCCCUAUUAAAUUUACCCAUGGCGAUCUUACUUGCCAAGUCAACCCCCAAAACUCCUUUUGGAUCAAUGAAAUCGAUAAGUUUAUCACCCCUAUGCCGGACGAACUAGCAAUGGAACGAAUUCGCCAAAAGUUUUUCGGGGAUUAUUGA